AUGGAGAAUAGUCCGCCUCUGAGGAUCCUCGAUGAGGUGUCAGACGCAGAUUCUGACCUUGAGGAGCUUCAAGGAGAUAUCGCGAAGUUUGAUGAAUCCGUCAGAGAAUUCCUCGCGUCGCAGAGAGGAACAUCAGAUGUUCCCAGACUAUCGCGUGGUACAUCCAGGGGCAGAGGGCUGCGAGGCCCGCGCAAAGCAGCGAAGCCGAGAGGCGACAUCACAGCCAGGCUCUCUAAAGUUAAUCAGGCAUUUUUAAGUGGCGAUUAUGAACAAGCCAUGGACCUUGCCUUCGAGGUCAUCAGGAUCAACGCGGAAACACAUCAAGCUUGGACGGCUCUCGCUUCGAUUUUCAGAGAGCGCGGUGAAAUAGACAGAGCUUUAUCAGCAAUGGUGUAUGCAGCUCAUCUUCGGCCAAAGGAUGUAUCGGGGUGGCUUAGAUGCGCCUCGUUUGCAUUGGAUUCCAUUACUGGUGAAGAUGAUGAGCCCGGAAAUCUGCACACCGCUCGACUCUGCUAUUCGGCAGCUGUUAGAGCAGAUCCUACAAAUAUUGAAGCUCGUCUCAGUAAAGCUGAUGUAUGUCAUAGACAAGGCCAUCUCUCUGCUGCCAUCACGGAGUAUAAUACUGUUCUCAAACGACGUCCAUACGAGCUUGACACCAUACGGAAACUUGCUGAGGCAUGUAUCGACUCGAAAAACGCAGCAACUUUGAUGCCUUCCGCCAUAAAUGCGUAUCGACAUUAUUUUGACCAUGCAAUGAGAGAAAUGCAGCAUGAAGCUCAAGAUAUGCUCUGGCACGAUGUUGGAAUCUAUGUGGGACUCCUUGCCCAGGUGGAGAGAGUUCAAGAAGCGAUUUCAGAGUUGAAACGACUUUCAAGAUGGCUGCUUGGACGCUCUGCCGAAACGUUUUGGGACAACUGGCGAGAUGACGACAGAGAAUGGGAUAUACUAGACAAUCGGCGUGUAUCCGUUCCAGAAUUCUCUCAUCUUGGCACCAACUCGACACAGUUUGGACAGUCCCUGCCUUUAGACCUCCGCGUCCGACUGGCGACAUAUCGACUUAGGAACGGUGAUUAUUCAGAGGCCAUGAAACACUUGGAUCACUUGGAUCCGGACGAUCCAUCCACCACAGCUUUUGCUGACGACUUUACGUUCUUGAUAUACGACCUGGGUGUGGAAUUGGGCAAAAAUGGCCAAGCAUCAAGGGCAAUCCGGUACUUUGAACUGUUGCGCUCUAUGCCUGGGGACCCUGACGCUGCGGUCUUAUUGCAGCUAGGACGAUGCUACCUGGAUACUGGAGAGUCUGCAAUGGCUGAGGAGUACCUAUUAGCCGCACUAGAUGCCGACGAAGACAACAUAGAUGCUCGCAUUGAACUCGCAAAUAUGUAUGAGAAAGUUCGAGAGGAUGAGGAAGCUUUGAUAUUGGCGGCUGAAGCUUUGGCUCUUCGUGGAGUCCAAGACCAGGAUCAUUUCAUCAAUGAUGCUGACAUAGGCAAGGUCCGAAUCCGACCCUCCGCCAGCCGUAAGCAACGAGACUUACAGAGACGAUUUCAAGGGGGUGAUAACGCAGACAGAUCAAAUCUGAUAGGUAAUGGAACCAGGCGGCCAGCCAUUCCUAGAAGACAUCGGUCAAAAAAGCUCGCCGGCCCUGACAGACGUCAAGAAGACGAACAAAUACGUGCCCUCAAACUUUCUCAACAGUAUGCUAUUGUACGGGAUUUAAAACAACGCAUUUCAGAAGGUCAUAAGGAGUUGAUACCUGAUUGGAUGGCAUCUUCCAAGGAACUAGUCGAUGACUUCAGGUCUCUGAAGCGAUUCUACAGCUGGGACAACUAUUUGCGCUUUCUUGGGUCGAAAGUUUUAAUGCAUAAGUCAAGCGCAAACCAGCCAGAGACCGAACUCUCCCAAAUGUACCAAAGAUUGACACGUUCAAUCGCUCCACCAUCUGAGCAAUCUAGCCACACAUCGGCUAUUCCUAGUCUUGCAACCCAUCAAGGCAUUUCAUUCGAUGAUUGGUUGGAUUUAUUUCUCGACUAUGCUAUUGGUUUGGCAAUUGCUCAUCGGCGACAAGAAGCGUACCAAGUUUGUCAAGCCGCCAAAGACUCCACCGUUUUCCAAUCUUCAAAGCACGGAUUCAUCAUUCAUGUGGCGUGGAGCGUAUGUGCAAUCUACACCAACGACGAAGAACGGUGUGUGGCAAUUGCGCGGCAUUUGAUGCGCGAUGGGGCAACCACCGAUUCUUAUCGAAUGUUCUCCUUGCUAUCGAUGCUUUGUCAGUCACCUGCGUCUUGGUAUACAUCAGGACCAGCGCAAAAGUAUAUUUUGCGCCAAAUAAAAGCCAUUGAUGUCAGCCAUGAGGCUGCGGCUGUGCGCCGGGGAGGCACGGGGGAGAACGAAGAGGCAGGUGAUCUUACUAGUUUGGACAUCGACAUAUGCCUUUUGAUGCUCUAUGGUCAUAUUCUUUUCACUUCUACUAGUUAUUCUUACUCAUUGGGUUACUUCCUUCGGGCGCGCUCACUGGAUCCCACUAAUGCCAUGAUAAAUCUUAGUCUCGGGCUAGCCUAUGUGCACUACGGGUUGAAGAGACAGUCGAGCAAUCGUCAGUAUCUGAUUUUGCAAGGCCAGUCAUUUUUGUCGCUCUAUGCUCGACAACAUACUAACGGCGAUGACUACGCAUUGGCUGAACGUUAUUAUAAUAUGGGUCGCCUUUUCCAGCUGCUUGGAAUCGGUUAUCUGAGCUCAGCUUAUUAUGCCAUGGCUCUAGAUAUAUGUAAAAAUGGAGGAGGCUCCAGGGAUCUCUCAGCCCUCAUUUUGGCGAACACACUUAUCUCACUUCUGACUGUUGGAAACAAUGAUGUUGCCUUAUCGGUACUGAGAAACAAUUUGAAACUCUAA